GGAGCGGGCUGACUGAGAAGACGGGCAGGGAAACUGAUCCACACAACUCUACAAGAGCCCGGCAGCAUCCGUGCAGAAAAUGUAAAAGAAAAAAGGAAACGAGGGGCUGGAUAAAGCAGAGUUUGGCUCUGUGCGCUGCGGGGCAUUUGGGUUUUGGAGAGCGGAGCGCAUGCAGCGCGCGCUCACAGCGGAGACUCAAAAGGCGUCAGAUGAGCGUCCUCGCGGGGAAAUGCUCAGAGACUUCACCUGUCACUCUGCUACUUAUCUCGGAGCUGCUGGAUACGGCUCCUAGAUGAAAACUACUCCGGAGAGAGUCGCUCGGCACGGCGGAACACCGGCGACCAUGUCGGAGAACUCCAGCGAUUUCAACAACGCCACGCUGCCGGCGGCGGCUGCGGUCACACACUACAACUUCCCCGCGCUCAUAUUCGGGAUUCUGCUGAUUGUGAUCAUCACCGGGGGGAACGUGCUCGUGUGCCUCAGCGUGUACCUGGAGAAGGCUUUAAAAACCACAACGAACUACUUCAUAGUCAGUCUGGCGUUUGCAGACUUGCUGCUGGCGGUGCUGGUGCUGCCGCUCUUCGUUUACGCAGAGUUUCAGGGCGGAGUUUGGUCCUUGAACAUGCUGAUGUGUGACAGCCUGAUGACCAUGGAUGUGAUGCUGUGCACCGCGUCCAUAUUCAACCUCUGUGCCAUCAGCGUUGACAGGUUCAUUGCCGUGUCCAUCCCUCUAAACUACAACCGUAAACAUGUGGACCAACGUCAGCUGGUCCUGCUGUCGGCCACCUGGCUGCUGGCCCUCGCCGUGGCCUCGCCCGUCAUCUUUGGCAUCAACAACGUGCCUAACCGCGACCCCAGUGAGUGCAAACUGGAGGACAACAACUAUGUGGUUUAUUCCUCGGUCUGCUCCUUCUUCAUCCCCUGCCCCAUCAUGGUCCUGCUCUACUUCGGGGUUUUCCGCGGGCUGCGGCACUGGGAGGUGACUCGUAAGGUCAAACUGCGCAGCAGCAUCGAGGCCUGCAGGAAGCUGCAGCACGCCGCCGUCGCCACCGCCUUCCCCCCGCUGGCGGGCACCAUCCCCGGGCCUCUGCCCAUGCCUCUGCCCAGGAUCAUCGAGAGGGACUUGGCCCAGUCUCGGCUGGACGAUACGGACGACUACAUGCAGCAGGAGAUUCCUUAUCCCCGGCAGUACCGAGAGAACUCGGUGCCCACGGUGACGUACAGCCAAAAGCUGCGCAUGAAGAAGAGAGCCAAGAUCAACAGCAGGGAGAGGAAAGCUAUGAGGGUGCUGCCUGUCGUAGUAGCCGUUGUGGCUGCAUCAAUACGGUUGCUUCCUGUUCUGCUGGACUCCGUUCUUCGUGGUGCACACGACUCGAGCCGUCUGUCUGACGUGCGACAUCCCUCCCGGUCUGAUGAGCACCGUCACCUGGCUGGGCUACGUCAACAGCGCUCUCAACCCCAUCAUCUACACCAUCUUCAACACCGAGUUCAAGAAAUUCUUCAAGAAAUGUUUCAGCAGCUGCUGUCGGAUUUCCCUCCGCAGACGCUAAAGGAAAGAAAGUGGAAGGUUUCCGGUUUUGGCCAGUCAGCUCAACUCUGGUCUGCCAUGCUGGAUGUGGAUGCUUAAAAUUGAUGGUAUCUGGCCGACAGGAAAAAUACGCUUUAACACAGUUACUGGUGAUAUAUAUCACAUUUCUGGGCCCAUUUUGUCAUUUGGGGAUGUACUUUUCUUGAUCCUCUGGGAUUACUGCCCCAACAAAAUGAUGUUGGAAAGUAAAGCUGCAGAAAACAGCUAAACAGACUCAAACUCUCCUGUCUGAGAGGAGCUUUUCCCCACUUUCAGUAUUCUGUACAGCACGUCUUUACUGUAUAUCAGCCUUGGUUGUAGUUGGUCUGCCAGUUCCAGUGAACAACGUGGGAUUUUGUACUGGUCUGCCCGAAAGGAUUAAUCAGGGCAAAAAUGUCCCCAGGAUGCAGAAAGACUGAAUAAGCUUCAACAGACCAGAAUGUCAUACAGCUGGAAGCAGCUUCAUGACAAAAUAAAUCUCUAAAAAAGGGUUAGUUUGAUAUUUUGGGAAAUACGUUUAUUCGCCUUCUUGCUGUGAGUUGGAGGAUUAGAUCAAUACCACUCUCACGUCUGUACGCUAAAUAUGAAGCUACAGUCAGCAGCUGGUUACGACAAUUUGUAGUUUUACAAAGCGUUAUGAUGUUAGGCUAUUUAUUGUCCCGGGGGAGUAACUUCCUGGCAACCUGCGGACACUGCAUGCUAGCUUUUUCCCUCCGUUUCUAGUCUUUAUGCUAAGCUAACUGGCUCCAGGCUGUAUGAGAGUGGUAUUGAUCUUUUCAUCCAACCCUCGGCAAGAAAGCAAAAAGAGAGGACUUCCCCAAAACGUUGAACUAUUUCUUUAAAGCAUUUGUUUCCAAACGUGGGUACAUGUACCUCCAGGGGCAAAAAAAGACUCAUAAAAGAGUGCGGGUGUGGGGGGGGUAUGUAGUUGGAGGUUGAAAGACUGAAGGGGUACAGGAGAGACCGUAAAAAGUUUGUGAAACACUGCUUUAAAGCAACACAACAUUCACAUCAGUCCUUCCGGGACUGUCAAAAGUUAAAUAAGACAUUACAGUUCUUCUGGGAAAUGCCAAAAAUCCGCCAAUUGAUCAACGAGUGACAGGCAAAGAGGCUGGUGGAAGGGAAGUACGAACAAAACGUUUCAUCAACUAAAUAUCUGCCCGGAAUCGGAAGCGUGGUAUCAAGACGUAGGAGUGGAGUUUUUAACCUUUAGAGGAGCAGCAGGAUCUGCUACAUCCAGUCGACUGACGCUCCCCCAUCAUGGAUCACUGACUCUUCUAAGAACUGUGUGGGAAUCAGUAAAACGGUUUAUAAUGUGCAACAUGACACACAAAAAAACACAACAACCAGCUGCCCAUGGCUGUUUAAAGUGAUUUUGACACAUGUACAGACUUAAAAGAAAAACAUUCAUACAGUAUUAAGUAGCAAUAUGCCUUAAACUUCACAGGAUGUUCUGGCUGUCUGUCGUGAUAGAAGUCAAACUCUCAAGAUACUGAGGAGCUAAUGAGAUCCCUAAAAAAAGUCCUUUUUAACUUGUCAAGAACAGAUCUCCAUUCCUGUUUCAUAUUUAAACCCUGUGAGCCCUCAUCAACACCCUUCAACACCGAGAAUGAGAGUCACGGUUUGUGGCUUUCUCUGCUUUUUACCUGAACAAUACAACACCGGGAACACACCGCCGGCGUAAGGCCGGUUACACACUGGCUGCGUGGCGUGAGCGUGGCGUUUCAGUUGC